GACGUACUAAGACUAGGGUUGGGCCCGGAACCGGAGCCAUUACUGCAGGAAAAGGUCCCGCAGAGCUGAGCAGUCAAGAUGUGUGACUUCACCGAGGACCAGACCGCAGAGUUCAAGGAGGCCUUCCAGCUGUUUGACCGAACAGGGGAUGGCAAGAUCCUGUACAGCCAGUGUGGGGACGUGAUGAGGGCCCUGGGCCAGAACCCCACCAACGCCGAGGUGCUCAAGGUCCUGGGGAACCCCAAGAGUGAUGAGAUGAACGUGAAGGUGCUGGACUUUGAGCACUUCCUGCCCAUGCUACAGACUGUGGCCAAGAACAAGGACCAGGGCACCUAUGAGGACUACGUUGAAGGCCUUCGGGUGUUUGACAAGGAAGGGAAUGGCACCGUCAUGGGUGCUGAGAUCCGGCAUGUUCUCGUCACACUGGGUGAGAAGAUGACAGAGGAAGAAGUAGAGAUGCUGGUGGCAGGGCAUGAGGACAGCAAUGGUUGUAUCAACUAUGAAGAGCUCGUCCGCAUGGUGCUGAAUGGCUGAGGACAUUCCCAGUGUGCACGGAAACCACACCUUCCCUGUGGGAGACUGUGUAUGUAGCCCCAGAGGCCUCCUAGGUGCUCUUGUCACAGUACUUUUCCCAGAUUGUCGCUCUUGGAUGAUGUUUGCCAUCAGCAUUCACCAAAUAAACUUGCUCUCUGCCCUA